CCUGCGGGAGGAGCCGGAGGUCUUCAGAGGAAGCGCCGCGUUCCACUUUCCUCAUCCUCUUCGUCUUUCUUCUUUGCCCCCUUGCUUCUCAUCAGUUCUUCCUCUUGGACGCACUUCCUCUUGCCUGUCUUCAUCGGCACAGGUUCGCUUGUUGCCUGCCAUCGUUUGUUGGCUGGUGCACGGAGGGUCAGGUUCUGGUGCAACUGGAAAGUCGUCAGGCAGUUCACAGUGCCCCAGUGGUCUGAACACAGAUAAAGGGCAGCGGGUGAAUUUCUGUCAUCCUAUAUCUUGAGUUCAAGGACCUGUGUAUCUCUCAUCUAAAAGAACCAUGAAUUGGCAAGAUCUUUGUUGCAUGUGCUGUGGCGACAUGCAAGCCUUCUGGGACAAACUUGCAAGACAGCUGCAGCGCUAUCGCUACUGUGCCAACGGGGAAUGUAGCGAAGACCCUCUGCAUCAGAUACCUGGCCAAGAGAGCGACCCAUUCGAUUCUGACACGUUCCUCCUCGCUGGUUUUAUGGCCCUUCCGCUGCUGUUCUUCAUGUUCAGCAUGCUUCAGAGGAUGAAUACCCGACAGCGGGCACUUCCUCCGGGCAAGCCAUCCAGAGAUGGCCCAAACAAUGACGAAGGACCCCCAAUGCCCCCUGUGGACUGAAGUCGAUCCUUGCUAUCGUUUUCAAGUGGAGCUUGAUUAUUGUUUGUAUUCUAGCUGUCAACCAUCGGUUGAAUUCUUCCAAGUAACUCUCCUUGUGUUCUCUUAUCAACUUACCCAGUGGUAACAAACGUGUGCUGGCUGUCCAGUACGAAAUCCUCCUUUACCUACUACAUAGAU